GUUUGACUCAAGUCUGGGAAGUGCGAGACCUAUAAGCGGGUAUUUAAAAGCCAAGACCAAGAGACUUCCUAUGACUAUCGACCUCACCUGAAGCUUUCUGCCAUCCAGCGACGAUGGCUUCAAUCACCAGUACCGUAUGGGCAAGCUUGCCUCGACUCCCUGCCAAGUCUGAACGGGUGAUCCAGCGGAACCCAAUCAAGCUCAUCAGAUCUCUCACAUGGUUGCAGUUUGCAUUUUUCUUCUCGGGUUGGUUCGCAUGGGUAUGCGAUGCCAUCGACUUCUUCGCGGUCACACUCAGCGCAGCUCGACUCGCACCAUACUUUCACAAAACACUCUCGACGGUCACAUUGUCCAUCACGCUGACGCUGCUCUUUCGACCUCUCGGUGCCUUCAUAUUUGGCAUGCUGAGUGAUCGAUAUGGCCGGAAAUGGCCCUUGGUCGCCAAUUUGAUCAUCAUCUCUGCCCUUUCUCUCGCUACUGGUUUCUGUAAGACUUUCUCUGCCUUCUUAGCGUGUAGAUCUCUCUUUGGAAUUGGCAUGGGAGGGAUCUGGGGCUUAGCAGUCUCCAUGGCUCUGGAGAACAUGCCCGUGGACGCACGCGGCUUGUUCUCUGGAUUCCUCCAACUCGGAUACCCUGUGGGAUACCUCAUCAUAGCUGCCGUCAACUUGAACUCUCGAGUCGCCAAAGAGACUGGAUGGAGGCCUCUAUUUUAUACUGGUGCCGCCUUCUCUCUGACUGGUGCCAUCAUACGACUGUUGUUGCCGGAAUCGCAGUACUUUUUGGAACGACAGGCAGCUCGUCAGAGAGAAGGGGACCAGACUGCAACGAGCAAAAAGUCUGUACAAUUCAUCAGGGAGACUUGGAAGAUGCUCAAGACUCACUGGGCGAGAUGCAUCUUUGCCAUCGUCCUCAUGACUGGUUUCAACUUCUACUCGCAUGGAUCACAAGACCUCUAUCCCGCGUAUCUCACCAACGACAAAGGCCUGACGUCUCAUCAAGCUACAGUAGCGACGAUCAUCGGCAAUUGCGGCGCCAUAACUGGAUGCACGAUAGGAGGCUACGUAUCGCAGUAUCUAGGUAGACGGAUCACGAUGAUCUGUUUCUGCCUCUUCUGCUGCGCCAUGUUACCCUUGUGGCUGUUGCCUUCGUCCUUCAGUGGUCUUGCAGCAGGUGCAUUCCUCGUCCAGGCCGGCGUACAGGGAGCCUAUGGGGUCGUGCCCGUGUACUUGUCUGAAAUUUCACCGGUCGCUUUCAGAGCCAUGUGGCCAGGAGUCGCCUACCAAAUCGGUAACAUGGUCUCGUCCGCAUCGGCGCAGAUCGAAGCGACUGCGGGCGCAAAGCUGAAAGAUCCCAAAACAGGAAAGCCAGCUUAUGGACGGGUAUCCGCCAUUCUUGUGGGCGUCGCGGCUGGCGUGGUCAUCCUCUGUUGCUUGUUCGGCGAUGAAUCGCAUUCUGCUCACUUUGAGCGAGGUCGAGCGGCCUUUGAAAAGGAUGGAGGCUUGGAUGUUGUGGACGAUGGUCAAGCUGCUAAGACUUACCCUGAGUCGACGCAGGGCGAUGAGGAGAAGGCAGAGGAUAUCCAACGUGAUCAUCUGCGUGCUUGAUGGAGCAUGUUCUUCUUCGUACUCUGCCAUGGCCCGCCUAUGCGCGUCUCGGAAAGUUGGGUUCUCUCUGAAAGCUUGUUAGUCUAUUUCGAAAGGGUCAGAAGAUUGUUGGUACGCAAGUUGUCAGUCUAGUCGGAAAACGAGCAAACGUAACGGAAUA